AUGCAACUAAAAGUGUUGGCGAUUAUUGCUUGUUAUAAUUCAGUGGCUGAAGAGAUUCUUGUUGACCACACGCAAUUAAUUGAUUUAACAAUGUCUUCCAAUGUUUGUUCCGAAGCAUCUAUUAAUUUACCACCGGUUGAUCCGGUUUUCUUAACCUGGGAAGAUUUAUCGGUAGUUGCAAAGAAAACAAAACGUCUAUUACUCCAUAAUGUUACCGGAAUUGCUGAACCGGGGCAACUAAUUGCCUUAAUGGGUGCAAGUGGUGCUGGAAAAACGACAUUAUUGAAUGCUUUGCUACAACGAAAUGUAAAAGGUUUAAGAAUUAGUGGUGUUGUCAAAGUUUCUGCUUAUAUUCAACAACAAAAUUUAUUUAUCAAUUCUUUAACAGUUCACGAACAUCUCAUUUUGCAAGCCACUCUUCGUUUGCCAUCAUCUUUUACAAAACAUAAAAAAGAAUUACGUGUAAAACAA